UGAGACGCAUGGUUGCUAUAUGGAGUCGUGCUAUAGACAAGUGACGAGGAAAAUAGUUCUCAGAGCAUUCAGUGAAAAUUUAUAGCGAUGAGUGCUUUCCUCAUGAACUCUGGGCCGUUUGCGGAUCCCAAAUUUCCUCCAACGGAGGACUUCUCGCAGACGAACUAUAUUAGCCAUCACCAGCAGGAAUUUCUGCGGCCGGCAGUGACCAGCUAUGGACAGUGGCACCACCCCGACCAUCAGCGGUUCAGAGAAGAUAACUUCUCGCCGGGGGCUGCCCUGUAUGCCUGUGCUGCACAGAACGGAGGGAUGGGGACGUCGAUGUCGCACCCCACCACCCCUCUUAGUCCUCUCCCGGCUCACACACACGCCGUCCAGACGUCCAGUCAGCCUCAACUGCCUCAAACCUGUGCCACGACUCUCCAACCACCCCCUCAGCCUAUCAUCUACCCUUGGAUGAAGAGAAUGCACCUGGGAGCAGGUCACUAUCCUUUCUUUGCAGCCAACGGUUACAACGGGUUGGAACCCAAGCGAAGUCGGACCGCCUACACUCGUCACCAGAUUCUGGAACUGGAAAAAGAAUUCCACUUCAACAGAUAUCUCACGAGAAGGAGACGAAUCGAAAUAGCACAUUCCUUGUGUCUAACAGAAAGACAAAUCAAAAUUUGGUUCCAAAAUAGGAGAAUGAAAUGGAAAAAGGAACACAAACUUCCAAACACUAAAAACAAAGGAGACGCCUCUCAAAAUAAGUCUGACUCUCCCAUCGACAGUGACACUAACAGUGACAAAGAUUGCGACUCAAAGGACAAGAGCUAGUGAGUUGCCAUAAAGACUUUGAUUCUUGACCGAACGCCGCACGUGACUUACAGACUGGUGCUUCUAGGACACUUCUAGCAUAUUCACAGAGGGAAAUGUCCGGACAAAUCCCUGUACUUAAAUCCAGCCGGCUAGACCAUUCGUGAAUAGAUUGACUCGUC